UGGAUUGUAUUAUCACUGCAAUACGGUGAAUAAAGGAUCAACAGUCUUCAGCUUCUCUCGUCUUGGUGUUCUCCUUCGGGUCUUUGACAUCAGAGUGCUAGUUGGAUUGGAGGUUUUGGGAAGUGGAUGAUUUCCACGACAGAUCUGGAGGUUCCUACCGAGAUUUGAAAGGAUUCAACAAGGGAAGCAGUUCCGUCCCGGGUGAAGCAGACUUCUCCAGUGCAGCUCUCCGGGCCCAAAAAAGAUGCAAGACAAGCGCACAUACAAAUUUGAGGUAGAGGAGUUCGGCGAGGGAAGGAGGAUCGCCACGCUAACAGACGGACGUCAAACUCACAUAAUAGAAGUUGCGGCUGCAAUAUUCAUAAGAAGGUUGCACAGCAACCAUAGCCUGAACAUAAGGAGAUUGUUGCAGUUGUUGGAGGUUUUUGCAGAUGCCCCCCCCGAGCCCCCUGUUAGAGUAACGGUGCCCAAGCUUAGGAUUGUGAGAGACCAUAGGCCAGAGACCCUAGGAAAAGUCCUCUACCGCUUUGAAAUUUCUGAUGAUUCAGGUGAGGAAGAACCAGACACAGACUCCCCAGAAGAGUUCACUCCAAACAGUAGUGUGAGAGAGGAAGAGGCAGACAUUGAGCCAGGGGAAGUAAGUGCCCCACCAGAGACAGGAUACAGCAGCCUAGGGUCAGAGGAAGAGGGACGCCAGGAGUCAGGUCAAGGGGGUCUAGUGAGAGCUCCAACUCCCUAUCCAGGCAACACCGUAUCCCACCAGCUGAUUCGCAGCCCAUUCCGUGUAGUUAACAGCCCAGCCACCCCCCGAUACAGCUCACCGCCCUCUACAAGUUAUAGCCCAACCAACCCCCGGUCCAACUCAAGCUACAGUCCAACUGUGCCCCAGCAGGAGGAGGUUCACGGCCCGACUGAGCCCCAGCCAGUGCGGGAUAUAGAACAGGUGCUGAAAGAGAUAGUUGGCCGAGAUAGAGGAAGGCUGGCCGAUUUUAUGAGAGAGUCUUUAUCAGUAUCAGUGUUCUGGAACAAGGAAGGGAGCACUAGGGAUAAAUAUUCAGUUCAUGUUGACCACCUUGACAAAUACGGAGGAACCCACUCAAGACUAGGCACCAGCGUAGCACCAUUGGCACUGCAGACAGUAAUAGAGCAGGUAGGAAAGUUUGUGGGGGUGAACACAAGGCCAGUGGUUGACCAGCUCUUUGCCCCACCUGAGGGAAGGAAGCACAAGUUUGAGAGGGAUUCCCCAGCUGCAAGAAGGAGAAGGACAAAUAGAGAUUAUAGAUAG